AUGGCAUAUUCACCGUACUGCAGCCAACAUUUGAACGGAGACGGAUCAUUAUUUUGCUUCUACCUCGAGGAUAUACAUUCCAUGACUAAUGACAUCCAAUCAGCUGAAGAAAUCUGCACAUCAAAAGGGUAUACACUCUUAAAACUCUACAAUAGUCAAAUCAGUGAUUUAUAUCUGCGAGCUAUAAAGAGCUGGAAUACAACGGAUAAGCGUACGGAUGGGUAUUAUGUGAGGAUGGGACUGUCGAGGAAUGAUAAUAAUAGGACAUGGAUGUGGAAUGAUGGAAAACCGAUGGAAUUUCCGAAGUGGGAAUGGGAGUCAAACUUUGACUGUGGUUUCGUUGAAUACAGAGCGGAACCCACAGCCCCCCAAGCAGUUGCAUAUGUAGCUGGUGUGGUAGUGUCAAUUGUAGUGAAAAAUGCUAAUUUUUUAUUCUACAGUAACAACCAAGUGACAUUUCCAAACUCCAGCCAUUACGAUAGUGAUAUAUUUAGCAACAACAACAACAACAACAACAACAAUGUUUACACUAGCAACAACAACAUCAACAACAACUUUGGUUUCUUGAAUCAGUACGAUCAUGACAUUAACAUCAAAGACAGCAGCAACAAAUACGAUUAUGACGACAACAACAAUAACAUCAAUAACAAAAUUUCUAAGCUUCCGUACUAUGGGAAAGUUGAACUACACACAGAGGACGACACUCCUGCAAUUUUCGCCAACAACGCCAGCAAAAACCAACACUGA